ACAAGUGACUGGGUGAAAGAUGAGAGCAAGUAUGGGCACCAUGAAAGUGUCAGUCCUCCUCACUUUCACAAUCAAAUAUUUGAGGGGCCCGAUACUGAUAUCGAGACUGUGGCCUCAUCUGAACGAACUGCUUCAGUGCUACACAAGUGACUGGGUGAAAGAUGAGAGCAAGUAUGGCAUUAUGAAAGUAAAUGAACCUUGCAAAUGCAAGGCGAACCAAGGGUGAAGAUGCUACUGAUGAUGACACCCCAAGUAGCUCUGGACGCCAAUUUGCAGACUCUCAUGUUUCUCAGCGUUUUGGCCAAUCUCCCCUACCUGCUUAUGAACCAGCUUUCGACUGGGAAAAUGAG